AACUUGAGUCAAACAACGUUAAAAUGUUCUUCAAGUAUUUGGUUUUGUCAGCCAUUGCUCUCCUGGUCUCCGCUGCUCGGAUUCCUGGACCAGAGGAAAGGAUUGUCGGAGGCCACCAUAUUCCCAUUGAAUAUGUUCCUUGGCAAGUGUCACUGUUAAUUAAAAUGGCUCACGAUUGUGGUGGAGUCAUACAUAGUGAGCGGGUUAUUCUGACUGCUGCUCACUGUCUAAUUGACGUACAAAUUGAGGACCUAUCUGUUCGCGCUGGAUCCUCGCAUUGGAGUAAAGGUGGUCAAAUGGUGAAGGUUCUGAAAGCCAUAUCCCAUCCUAAAUUUGAUUAUGUUAUGAAGACUAAUGAUGUUGCUGUGCUGAUUUUGGAGUCACCCCUCAAGUUCAGCGCUUAUGUACAGAAGAUAGCUCUAGCUGAAGAAACUCCUGAAGGCGGAACUAUGAGCUUGGUCUCCGGAUGGGGAGAUACCCGAUACGGCGCUGGAUUCGCUUGGCCGAUUCUACAAGGCGUUCAUGUGGCGGUUCUCGAUGCCACUUCUUGUAAAAAAAAAUAUAGUGAGGACAUUAUUUGUGCCGACGCUGAUGGAAGAGACAUAUGUAAAGGAGAUUCUGGCGGACCUUUGGUUAGUUUACCGGAUCGUAAGCUUAUUGGCAUAGUUUCCUAUGGAGGUUGUGGUAAUGGCCAUCCUGGAGGCUAUGCAGAUGUUGCUUACUUCCGCAACUGGUUCAAAAAGACAAUCAACGAAAAUAUUUAGUAAUUUCCUGUCACUGUUAAUAUUAAAAGAAAAAUCUAGAAGUUUGUCUAGCAUAAAUAAAUUUGAUUCUUCUAACAAAAACCAAA